AUGACAGUUCAAUAUAAGGGUGCAGAUAUACCCGUAGAAUUGAGUUCUACUUCAAAUACAUUAAAUUUUAUUCAAGAGCAUAUCAUUCCUGACUUAUUACGAGAUGACCCUACGUUACAGGAGAAGAUAAUAUUCAAUAAGAUUUCGAAAAAUAGUAGUAUUGAGAAGGUAGUAGAUAGACUAUGUCAAAAGGAUUCGGAAAAUCAUUUUAUUUGUAUAUAUUCAUAUGGACCACAUUUACAGAAGUUACUGAGCAUUGUUGAGAUAUUCAAGAAAGUUAAAACAGAGAAGGAUAAUGUCAAAAUCAAUCAAUGGACUAAAAUGGCAAUGUUUAAGACUGUAGAGGAAGGUAGAAAUGAAUUGUUGGAGAAGAAAACUAUAGUACCUAUAUUGAUCACAUUUAUAACUGUUUCUGCCUCGUUAACAUCACCUGUAUUUGAAAACGACCAAAACAUGUUUACAAACCAAUAA